UAUAGUGCUUGCAACUUGCAUGCUUGUCAGAAAAUAAAAACGAAAACUUAAAAGGCACCAAAUCAUCAAAUGUCAAUUUUGUUUUUAUAAUUUUUAGUUUAUAUCCAUUUAAAAUAAAUUCAUAAUCCGAAAAUCUGACAAAGAAAAAUCAAAAGUAGCUUGACAAAUUUUUUCGGUGGGAUAUUUCUACAAAAACAUUGUAUCGCGCUUCAUGGGAUUAAUCGAUGAUGAACUUGCAGAAGUUAGAAAACUUUGUGAACAUGUCGUGCCAGGGACAAAACUCAUAUCAUGUGUCCGGACAAUGGUUAGAGUUGAAAUAAAAAGAACUGAUUUUAAAAAAAUUGUAGUGUGCAUACAGUUCAGAGAAGACUACCCUAGAACUGCUUUAUUAUUGGAGCUAAAAAGCAAAACUUUGUCUGAAAAAUUGUUACUAAAACUAACAAAUGUUUGUGAAGAGGACAUUAAAAAAUACUUGGGAAAACCUCAAGUGCUUAAUACCGUAAAAUUUAUUCGUAAUUUUAUCGAUGAAAAUCCAUUGUUCUGUUGUUAUGAUGAAAUAAAUAAACUGCGAGCACUUAUUGGCCCUGGAGAUGAAUUUAAGUUGAAACAAAAAAGUUCUAGUAUAAUUUUGAAAGUAAAUAAGUCUAAAUACUAUAUAAAUUGCAAAAUUAUCGUUCCUGAUGAUUAUCCCUUAAGUGCCAUUGACAUUGAAUAUGCUGACACAAAUUUUUCACCUGCUCUGGAGAAACAUAUGAUUUCACAGGCUAAAGAAAUAGCUAGAAAAUGUGUUGAACCCCCCUUAAAGAGAAAACCCAAAGAACCUGAAUUUAAACCCAGUCCAUCUUUACAGAAGCCGGUAGAGUUUCUUAUUGAUUGUGUCAAAAGACUUCCAAGUGAAAAUUGCCAGUUUUGUAAUACAAUUUGUUUUCCUAUUGAUCCUGAGUUACUUGAAAAAGAUGAAAACUCUCCCAAGCACAUUGAAAGAGUAUACUGUGGCCAUCUAUUCCAUCAAGAAUGUUUUUUCAAUUACAUGAAAUUACCACCAUUUGGAAACAAGAACUGUCCCAUUUGUAACAAGAAAAUUUAUCAUUUCAAAUGGUCUUUAUCUGAUAAAUUAGCAGAAGAACGAUGGGCUCACGAGCAGGCUAGAGAGAGAGAAUUGCAGGAAGUUGUUGAAUUUUUUGAUUAAAAAUGAUUGGAAUGUAUUGAGUUACCUAAAUAGAUGAUAAAAAUUGCAAAGUACUUAAAAUAUUUUUUUAGUUUAAAUAACUACUUUUGCUUAUGACAAUGUGUGAUGCUUUUCUGUUUUAAUUUAAUGUUAUAAUAAAUCUUUUGAUACAAAAAUGUAAAAUCUUUCAGCAUUUUCUUUUUUGUAAAAGAAUAUAAUUAGACGUGGUUCCUUCUUAUAAUUUUUUAAGAAGAAUUUAUAGUUGAGACAUUGACAAGUUGACUAAUUUUGUAUUUGGUUUAAUUGGAAAAUAAAGUGUUAUAGUAA